AUGGCUGGUAUAUACAACGGCCACCUCCUCGAAUUCCCCACAAUCAGAGUGGAUUGUUUCCUCCCUUCCUCCCCGUCGACCCUCCUCCCUUCCCUACCUUCGUGCUCUACUCAUCCUUAUCCCCUCAAACCAGCACCCAAUGCUCAGCUCUUCCUCCUCACGCAUGUGCAUUCCGAUCACCUCAUGGGAUUGAGUGAUAGCUUCACGGGCAAGAUCAUCUGUUCUCCCGAUACAAAGCGGAUGUUAUUGGCUUUGGAGGCUGAAGUGGAUCGAGGGCUCUUGGAAGAAGGUAAGAGGGAGGUGAGGAGGUUGAAAUAUCCUGGAUUGAGGAGGAGGGUGGAAGGGAAAGGAAAGGAUGAAAAGAUGGUUGAUAGAAUAGAAGCGGUUCCAUAUGGAUUUCCGAAAGAGUACAAAAUAGGGUACGAAGAUGGGAAACCUCAGACAGUCACCAUAACGCUACUAGAUGCGAAUCAUUGUCCAGGAUCCACCAUGUUUCUCAUCACAUCUCCUACUAAAGCUGUACUACAUACCGGUGAUAUAAGGGCAGACAAGCUGUUCAUCCAGACGCUUGGUAGAGAACCAGCGAUACAACCUUUCUUGGCGCCCUUGUCGACGCACGCGGGUUCAAGAAGAGGUGUACGUGGUGGACGAAGGAUAUUGGACAGAAUCUACUUGGACACCGGAGCUAUCUUGGGAACAGGUGAUAUGCCUGAUAGAGAACCCAUACUUCAAGAUCUGGUCGAGCAGAUGAGUCUAUUUCCCGAGAAUACUAUUUUCUUCCUCGAUACUUGGUGUUUCGGGUGGGAAUAUGUCGUCAAGGAAGUAGCCAGAUACCUCAACGAGCCUGUACACGUCGACCGGUACAAGCGAUCCAUCUAUACAGCCAUCGAGACCGAUCCAUACCUUCUCAUGUGCACUACCACAGAUGCCCAUUCAACUCGAUUUCACGCGUGCGAAAGAACACAUAAAUGCAUGGCAUGUAGAAGAUUUGAAAGUGGGAAUCGGAAACCGGUGUACAAUCUUGAUAAGAGGAUAGUCAGUGUGAAUAUGGUAGAAGUAAAGGAGGCUUCUUGGGCGAUGGAGCAUCAGGAUUUCUUGGAUAGGUUGGGUAAAGCUGCUUUGGGAGAAGGUCCAUGGCCUUACAACAUCAACGUUCCUCUGGCAAGACACUCGCCGUUACCUGAACUGCAAAAUCUGGUUAAAUUAUUCGAGCCCAAAUCUGUUUCGCCCAAUACUGUUACAGCCGGAUUGAAGGGAAUGGACUAUUACCUCUUACCUGAAUUUUUGAGUGAUUGUGUAGAUGAAGGAGGUUCUGAGGCUAUUAUUCGGGAGAGGAACUUGUACUUUGAGCAGAAAUACGGGAAAGGAUUUUUGGAGGGAUUGGAGAGGAUGAAAGUCAUAGGUCUGGGUGGAUCAUCAGGCGAUCAAAGAGCCAUCCUGUCUACAUCACUAAUACCGCCCACCAAGUUUGCCAACAAUCACGAGGGAAAAUCAAGUUCAAGCAGAUCAUCGAUGUCGAAAGAGCAAAUAUUCCGGAUGAGUGGACUACCACCUAUGAGACCGGAUGAAUUGCUACACAUGGUUGGUAUAGGUAUAUCAGGUGGGAUGCCUCAAAUGGGCAAUACCGCUGCUAGACAUAUGGAAGAGUACGAGACGGAAGAGGAGUCACCUAGGAAGAGAAAGAGAGUGGAUUACAUGAAGGAAGAGAGUGAUGAUUUUGGACCUGAACCGUCACCUCCAAUAGUGAUCAAACGGGAAGAAUCGCCCGUGAAUAUUGUUAAGACUUCAUCGAAGAUGUCUUCAGCUGCAAGUUUGAUUGCAUAUAACCCAUCCUUCUCGGGACAGAAACCUUCGAACAGGAACACCAGUAACACAUAUAAACACAAGAAAUCAUCAAGGUUCUCAUUGGGUCAGGACGAUAAGGAAAGAAUUAGGAAGAUGAUGGAGCGAGAUCGAUUGGCUUUUGAAGGGGUGGGGGAUGACGCUGAGGAACGAUAG